AUGGCCAAGUUUUCGAAUAGCAACAGUAAUACCUACAAUCAGUUACAGCGAUUUCCCAACAAAGCUCUCCAGACUUCUGCGCUUGCAAGCUGCUACAGCGUCAACACGUCAGCAUCGAGAGUUAAUGGUUUCCAUUACUACACUACGACCGGGGCCGUGGUAUCCCUGAGGUCCCCUCAGGGUCGAAAACCUUGUCUCCAAGUCCCCCCCCCUGAUCUCUCUACCCAUUCGGGAAUGGAGAACAGUCAUUCGGGUAAUAUUAUACCCGAAAACAAAGGGGAGGCAGCGCAUACUAUCCCGGAAGAGUGUGAGAGGCUCUUCUGCGACACAUUGUCUGUGAUUUUCCUUGGUGAGGGGAUUCUCUCUGGACAAGGGUCGCUUGGGGCAGGUGCGUAUCAAGUUCAACCGAAUAAUUCAUGUUACGAGCAUAGCCGAAUUCAGGAGUGGGUUGAGGUGCUGGACUAUACAAGUGAUUGUAUAUACCGCGGAUUCGUGACUAGUUCAAAUGACGAGCGUGCCCUAUUCAUAUUCUUCGGUGAAUGUGCUCUGGGCCAAGGCCUCAAGACCGGAUUGAUUGCCCUUUUUGAGCUAGCAAAUCUCCCUGAAUUUGGGUGCUCUCAGAUUGUUGCAUGCAUUCCGCGUUCGCAAGGUGCAGCAGAGCUUGAAGUUGUGAGGAAUUUAGGAUGGUGUGGAUUUAACUUGACAACGCUGCAACCGUGGAGCACUGGAGAUUGUACCGAAAUGUCGCUUAGUGCUAGAUGGCUUUUUUUGAGUGCUGAAUUCCUUCUCCCACCAAACGUGUUCCGUUCUCGACAACGCAAUGUGGGGUGCUCUGCCGAACCCUCUACCAGAACCUCGCCCAUGGAUGGGGACUGCCAGAAAUACCUGUGUGGCCAGGUGUCAUAUAUUCAGUGUUCUCGUUGCGCAACGGAUUUAUGUUUGACAUCCCAGAUCAUCAGCAAAGGGUUCACUGGUCGCCAUGGUCGCGCGUAUCUCGUGUCAGCGGAACCUAUCGCCUGUGCGGUAUCCAUCAGUGCAACUUCCUCACCCACAGAAUCACUCCCAAACACCAUAAUGCAGAAACCCGUAUCGCGUCAGCUGGUCACAGGUGCCCAUACAGUCAGCGAUAUCAGUUGUGCUUUCUGUGGGAGUAUUCUUGGAUGGAAAUAUGUUGCCGCUGAAGAAGAGGCGCAACGUUACAAGGUUGGCAAAUUCAUUUUAGAAACCAAACGGAUUAUGACGUCCUCCUCAUGGGAGUCGGCUUCAUAUGUCGAGCCUUUUGCGUUGUGUGGGCCUAUGACUUCUCCAAAAAUGGAUGUUGAUACAACCGGCGAUCGAGUAGAGUUCGAUAGUCAGGACGAAGAUGAAUGCGAAGACCUGUUUGCUGGUGUUUGGAGUCCUGGACUGGCUAUACGGCGACGAAACCGCAAAUUAGAUCGUCAUACCUCGAUUUUUGGCCUUACGCCCUGA